CAUCUAUUAAUUAAAUGAUCGUUUUAUUUGUGACUAUAUGUAAGAUUAUUCGAUUUUCAUAGGUUAUGUUAGUUUAUAGGUUAUGUGUAUAAUGAUUGUUUCUGCAUAUAAAUUUGCUUCUAUUACUUUAUGUAAUAUUAUUUCUGAAAUGAUUAAUUAUUACAUAAAUAGUGAAUAAUUUUAUGUAAUCAUAUGAAAAUGUAUAAACUUUUGGCAACACGAGUUACAAAACGAAUAUCUUCACAUGGUGUUUAUUUUGUAUCAAAACAUAUAAUUGUGCAGCGAUCAACGCAUUUGUGUUCUUUCUGUAAUUUUUAUCAUGGAAGAAUAUCAAAAUUUUUAAAACAUCAUCAAGUUCAUACUUAUGCUACAACAGCAAAUGUAUUAGAUAAUUUAUCAAAAAAGAAAAAAAUUAAGGAAAGGACAAAAAAUUAUGCUGAAUUAUUAGCAGUAACAAAUAAAACGGCAAGUAAUAAAAGGACUGAAGUACAAAAAUUAACAGCACGUGAUUUGUCCAUGUUUGUUAAUAACACUAAUACUAUAAAUAAUUCAAAUAAUGAUAAAGACUCUACAUUUAAUCAUACUCUUAAUUUAAAAUUUACUGAAGAUUAUCAUGAUUUUUAUGAUAAUGAAAUUUAUUUAAAUUUUGAAAAUAAUGUAGAUAUAGUUAUUGAUAAUGAAAAUGAAAUAAAAAAUUACAAAAAUUUUUAUAAUAAAAAGAAAAAUAACUCAAAUGUUUGUAAUGAAACUAAAAAUAAUUUUAUUAAAAAGAAUAAAUUAAUAAAAAGUAAGGAGAUUAACAAUUUAAAUAAAAAUAUUUCAGGAAAUUUUUGUUCAUUACAUAAAACCGCAAAUAAUAAAUAUAAAAUAGAAAAUUAUGUUAAAAAUUUAAUAGUACAUUUACAAAUUUAUUUGAAUUGUGGUUUAUUAAAUAGAGCAAAUAAUUUAUUAAUGAAAUAUAGGAAGAAAUAUAUUCAAAAUUAUGAUAAAAACAUUGAACUUUAUAAUAUGCUUUUGGAAGCUUAUGCUUCUAGAAGAAAAGUAACAAAAGUUUUAGAGUUAUAUGAUAUGAUAAAAGAAGAUUCCUUAACUCCAACACCACAAACUUAUGUAUACAUAUUUGAUGUUUUGAUGAGAGGAUCUGCAAGUAAUCAAAGUGAACUAUUAAAAAAAUUUAAUGAUGAAAUGAAUAAUUAUAAUAUAUCUUUCAGUGACAUCAUUAAUAAAUCAUAUUUUAAAAAUGAUCAACAAGAAAAUGUAUUAAAAGCAAUUAGUAUAUUAAUACCAAAUUUUAAUCAUUCUUUUAUAAAUAUAGAUACAACAUACAAUUGUAAUUUUUUAAACCAAAUUCCAAUGUCAAAUAAUUAUGAAAGUCCAGCGAAAAAUUUAUUAACUAAUAAAGAAUUAAAAGAACUCUUAAAAAUACAACUUGAAAAUGAAUUAGCAAUUGAAGUACAGAUACCAAGUAUUAAAGUAAAUGAAAAAAAUAUAAAUACUGAUAUAAAGAAGAGAAUUACGGAAAUAGAAAAUCAUUGGAAAAAAGUAGCAUUUAUAGCUUUUGAAAAAAAUUUAAAAUGUUUAAAACAAAAGGAAUGCCAACAAUAUUCUAAUUUGAUGGUUUUAUAUCCAUUUUUAGAAGUUUUGGAUAAAGAACACUAUAUAAAUGCUAUAUUGCGAGAAAUUAGACAAUUAGCCAUAGGAUCCGAUACUUAUAGUACAUCUCUUAAAUUAUUAUAUGUAACAAUAGGAAAAUAUAUUUAUAGAAAAUAUGAGAUUGAAACAAAAAAAAAAACUGGAAUUUUAGAUAAAAUAAUUAGUAUUUAUUUAAAAUAUCUUAAGUGGUAUUUAUAUCCUAAAAAUAAUACUUUAAGUAAUAUGAAUAAUCGCACUAUGUGGCAAUAUUUUAAAUGUAAAGAAAUAAAAUAUGAUGAAUCUUUAAAUACUAUUUGUUUAGAAUGGCCUAUGGAUGUAAUUACAAAUAUUGGUAAAUUUUUAUAUAAAAUUAUUUUGAAUGAUAUAAUGCUUCAACCUGAGAUGUUAAAAGGGCAAGAUAUAAAACAUUCUAUUCCUGCAUUUUAUACAUUGUUUAGAAAUAAAGGAAAUUAUUUAUCAGAACAGAUUAAACCUCAUCCUUUUUUAUCAAAAUUAUAUAAAAAAUUACAUAUGGAAACAUUAACAUUUGAUGUACGUCUUUUACCUUCUUAUAGUCCACCACUUCCAUGGACUUCGAUACAUUCAGGAGGAUAUCUUAUAACAAAAACCAACUUUAUAAGAUCUCCCAUUGAGCAUCAAUUUCAAAAUAUAAAAUCUAAACAAUUAUUUCCUGUAUUUGAUUCAUUGAAUCAAAUUAGUUCUAUUCCAUGGAAAAUUAACACUGCUAUACUUGAUAUUGUAAUUAAGAUUUUCCAAGAUGGUGGUUCUGUUGAAUUAAAUGUUCCUCAAUCAGUUUCUGUAUUAUCUCCACCAUGUUCCUUAAAUAAAAAUGCUACUAUUGAAGAGAAGCAACAAAUAGCAAUAGCUAUAGCCCAAUAUAAACAAAAAAAGAAAGAUAUGUAUGCUCUAUGGUGUGACACUCUUUAUAAGCUAUCUAUUGCUAAUCAUUUUAGAAACAAAAUAUUUUGGCUACCAUAUAAUUUGGAUUUUAGAGGAAGAGUUUAUCCAAUUCCUCCUUAUUUAAAUCAUUUAUCAUCUGAUUUGGGUCGUUCUUUACUUUUAUUUGCAAAAGGAAAACCUUUAGGACCAAAUGGAAUAAAUUGGUUAAAAUUACAUGUUAUUAAUUUAACUAAUUUUAAAAAGGGAAGUUCUCUUAAAGAACGUCUUGAAUAUGCAGAUCAAAAUAUGGAUAAUAUAAUAGAUAGUGCUACUAAACCUUUAACUGGUAAAAUGUGGUGGAAGCAAUCAGAAGAACCAUGGCAAACUUUAGCUGGAUGUAUAGAAAUAGCAAAUGCAUUAAAAUCACCAAAUAUAGAAAAAUAUAUAACUUCGUUUCCAGUACAUCAAGAUGGAAGUUGUAAUGGACUGCAACAUUAUGCAGCUCUUGGUAAAGAUCAAAUUGGUGCAGAAAGUGUUAAUUUAUAUCCAUUUGAUGUUCCUAAAGAUGUAUAUUCUGAAGUUGUAUCAAUUAUUGAAAAUCGACGACAAAUUGAUGCAGAAAAUAACGUUAAGGUUGCGCAAUUAUUAGAAGGAUUUAUAAAAAGAAAAAUAAUAAAACAAACAGUAAUGACAACAGUAUAUGGUGUAACAAAAUAUGGUGCAAAACAUCAAAUAGCAAGACAGUUACGAGAUACACCAAAUUUUCCGCAAGAAUAUAUUUGGCCUGCUAGUAUUUAUUUGACUGAAUGUACAUUUCACAGUUUACGAAAAAUGUUCAAAAGUGCAAGAGAAAUUCAAGAUUGGUUUACAGAAUGUGCUCGAAUUAUUUCUUCUAUUUGUUGUGAAAAUGUGGAAUGGAUUACUCCAUUAGGUCUUCCUAUUAUACAACCUUAUACGAAGAAAUUAAAUAAAUAUGUUAAAAUAAAUGGAAAAUGUGAUACAAUAAAACAGCGGAAUGCAUUUGCACCAAAUUUUAUACAUUCUUUGGAUUCUACUCAUAUGAUGCUUACUAGUUUACAUUGCAAUUCACAAAAUAUUACUUUUGUCUCAGUACAUGAUUGCUUUUGGACUCAUCCUUGUACUGUAGAUGCUAUGAACAAAAUAUGUAGAGAACAAUUUGUAACUCUUCAUUCUAAUCCUAUCCUUGAAGAUUUAAGUAAAUUUUUCAUCAAACGAUAUUUAUCAUUUUAUAAAGAACUAAACUAUGAAACUGAUUUAAAAAAAAUUCACAAAUGUUUAUCUAAUAUACCAUCAAAAGGUACUUUUGAUAUUCAUAAUGUUUUGUCAUCUACUUAUUUUUUUAAUUAAAUUUUUACAAAUCUUAAAUAUUUUAUGUAUAAUGAUAAUAAAAAUAAAUUAUAAUUUAAAAUAUAA